UCAAACAAAUUACAUUUUCUAAGAAAGGAUAUUUGAAAGAUAGAUUGGCUUUCUUCAUGAAUAUAGAAGGUUGUAAUGAAUUUAUUCCUCCUAGACCUUGUCCAAUAUUUGAACCGAAUGAAGAAGAAUUUAAAGAUCCUCUGCUCUACAUAGCAAAAAUAAAGCCUAUUGGCGAAAAAUUUGGGAUUUGUAAAAUUAAGCCACCCCCGAAUUGGCAACCUCCUUUUGCUGUUGAUAUAGACAAAGUGCGCUUUACUCCAAGGUUGCAAAGAUUGAAUGAAUUAGAAGCAACGACACGAAUAAAAUUAAAUUUUCUUGAUCAAAUUGCUAGAUUUUGGGAUUUACAGGGUUUUAAAUUGAGAAUACCCCAGGUAGACAGAAAAGCUUUAGAUCUGUACUCCUUAUACAAAGCCGUUAAAAACGAAGGCGGUUAUAAUAUUGUAAUUAGGGACCGAAAAUGGACCAAGGUAGCAGUUUGCAUGGGAUAUUCACCUUACAACAAAAGCGUGGGUGGUAUACUGAGACAGCACUAUGAAAAGAUUUUGUUACCAUUUGACCUGUUUAAAUCUGGAGAGAGCCUAGACAUUAUUAAGAAUAAGGAAGAAAUUGAAGACUUUGAAGAAUAUGAUAAGGACAAAAAUUAUACACCUCAUGCUAUACCCUACAGGCAAUCAUUGAAACCAGAGAUUAAAGAGGGAUAUACACGAAGGACAAAAAGAAAUAUUAAUAUGGAUAAUAAAUCUGUUGAUUUUACUGCCAAUAAUGAAUUAAAGAAGUUGCAAUUUUUUGGUGCUGGGCCAAAGUUACCCGGUGUUCCAAAUUAUCAUAAAGAUGAGAAUGAGAUAUGUUGUGAUGAUGACACAAUUGCUAUUCAAAGUGGAAACAUGGAUGAAGUACAAAUUAUUGAAACUUUCAAAGCAUCCGAGAUAAAGAAGGAGCUAAAUUCGCUGACAAAUAAUAAUAUAUUUGCUGAUAUAUCUUCUACAAACAAAUUACCCAAAUCAAUAAAUAAUUAUAGUGUCAAAAUCAAUAAACCAGCUUUAUUAAAUAUUGAAAGCGUGAUGUGCCAAACAUGCGGAAAUGGGGAUGAUGAAGAGUUCCUGUUAUUAUGUGAAAAUUGUGAUUUGAAUUUUCACACGUUUUGCUUGAUGCCUCCCCUCAAAGAAGUUCCUAAAGGGGAUUGGAGAUGCCCCCUCUGCAUAGCCAAUGAAUGCAAAAGCUUGGUUGCCCCCUUUGGCUUUGAGCAAUCCUGCAAAGAAUAUACUUUACAUUCCUUUGGGGAAAUGGCAGAUGAAUUCAAAGCAACUUAUUUUAAUAUGCCUUUUCAUAUGGUUCCUACAACAGUAGUCGAAAAAGAAUUCUGGCGCCUUGUUUCUUCGAUUGUAGAAGACAUAACCGUUUGUUACGGUGCCGACUUGCAUUGCAUAGAACAUGGCAGUGGUUUUCCUACAGAAGGACAUAAGGAAAAAUUUCCCGAUGAUGAAGAGUACAUAAAUUCGCCGUGGAAUUUGAAUAACUUACCCGUGUUGAACAAGUCCAUUUUAAAAUACAUAUCGGGGGAUAUUUCUGGGAUGAAAGUACCUUGGAUGUAUGUCGGUAUGUGUUUUUCCACUUUUUGCUGGCACACAGAAGACCAUUGGAGCUAUUCGAUUAAUUAUUUACAUUGGGGUGAACCUAAAACAUGGUACGGGGUCCCUGGAGCCAAUGCCGAAAUGUUGGAAAACGUAAUGAAAGCCCAGGUGCCGGAAUUGUUUGAGACACAAAAGGAUUUGCUGCACCAGUUAGUUACACUCAUGAACCCCAAUAUCCUCAUGGCUAAUGGAGUGCCCGUAAGCCGAUGCGAUCAAUAUCCUGGCGAAUUUAUGGUCACCUUUCCCAGAGCCUACCAUGCUGGGUUUAAUCAAGGCUACAAUUUAGCGGAGGCUGUGAAUUUUUGCCCUUCUGACUGGCUACCCUUGGGUAGAAAAUGCGUAAGCCAUUAUAGGGAACUCAAACGAUACUGCGUGUUUUCGCAUGAAGAGUUGAUAUGUAAAAUGGCGUCUUGUCCAGAACAUUUAGACCUAUCUAUAGCUUCUGCUACUCUCGAGGAUAUGACCUUUAUGAUUGAAGAGGAAAGGAGACUCAGGAAAUUUUUAUAUGAAAAAGGGGUGACUAAGGCGGAACGUGAAAUUUACGAGCUGCUAGGAGAUGACGAGCGGAAAUGCGAUUACUGCAACACUACCUGUUUUCUUUCGGCCCUAACUUGCAAUUGCUUGCCGGCUAAAAUAGUUUGCUUAUACCACACGGAUAACCUUUGCAAACUUUGCACAUCCGCCGAUUAUUGUCUUAAAUAUCGAUACACCUUAGAUGAGCUUCCUUCCAUGAUGAGCCGUCUUAAAGCCCACGUUGAGUAUUUCCAAACCUGGUCUGUCAAAGUUAAAAAAUCCUUGGAGGGGGGCAAAUACGAACCCACGAUAACCACCCAUGAUAGUGAUAUUGAAGAGAUAGUAGAGGAGGAUAGCAAGAUUACCCUGGAAAAUUUAAAGGGGUUGUACAAGGAGAGCGUUUACAAGAAAUUUCCUCCCAACGAUUUGACCAAUAUCCUGCUUGGAGAAAUAGAUAAGGCCGAAAAAUUUGCUGAUCGAUGUAAGGAGAUACUGAAACAGAAUGCUUUGAAACCUAAGAAAAAUAACCCUUCACACGAAACAGGCAUAAGUGUUGAAGAAUUGCAAAAGUUGGUAGACGACAUUAAAUCUCUUGCUUGUACGAUUAAAGAAGAAACAAAUAUGAGUGAGUUGUUAUUAAGUGCUUUAGAGUUUAAAGCCAAGAUCAAUGAUGCCCUCUCGGACAAAAUACCCGACGUUCGGAAGUUAAAAGAUCUGAUUGAUUCUAAAUUAUUUAAUCUCAUUCAAAUAAGCGAAAAACAACGAUUGAAAGAUUCUUACGAUGUAGGGUUGUGGUUGAUAGAAGUUCGAGACAAAUUAUCCGAACCCGAAAAGGUUAGUAUCGAAGAUAUUGGUGAGCUUAUGCAGAGAGGUUCCCUCAAACCACAAAAUCCAGCCCUGGAAAAAUGUCUGAAAGAGAUGCACGAAAUUUCCCAGGCUGCCAAAGCCUGGGAGGAAAAAGCUCACAAAUUGCUUGCUACUCAGCCUUCUCUAAAUCUACUUGAGAAUUUUAUGGUCGAAAUUGGACCCGUUCCUAUACAUUUGCCAAACGUUUUUGAAAUCAAAGAAUUAAUUGCUAAAGCCAUCAUUUUUGUCAAGGAAGUUCGAUCCAUCAUGCGAGGAGAAAAAAUCACUACCAUAUCACACCUUUCCAGCUUGUUGGACGUCGGCAAAAGUUACCCCCUAGCAUUUAACGAGAUGGUACAAUACGAAAGUUUGACUAAUUCCACCCAAACUUGGCGAGAAAGAGCCGUAAAAUGUUUCUUGAAAAAGAAUUCUACCUUUACUUUCGAAGAAGUAAUAUGUCCGCAAAUAUUUAAUAAUGGGUCCACUAAUACUAAAUCAUCUGAUAUAAAAUCCAGGAAGAGAAAAGGCAAAUCACCAAAUCAACAAACACCACCAAAUAAUAAUAUAACUAACGUUGCCUCUGGAGAAAGAGUGUUUGAUAUUAUGGAAUCUGAAUCAUCUCAACAGAGUUUGCUAUCAACACAAGAAAUCAUCAAAAAUUUAAUAGGGACUUAUCAUACCUACCAAUGCAAGGAAACAGAUGCCCUUCAAGAAACCCGCGCUAAAAAUAGCGAAAAAUACCAAAUGUUUACUGUCGACGACCAAAUAACCCAAAAAUUAGGAAUAGAUAUCAAUAAUGAUAAUAAAGAUGACGUUGAUAAAGACGAAGAAGAAAAUGGGAACGAGAAAUUUUGCAUAUGUAAUGGAUUGUUUAAACGUCCCAUGCUGUGUUGUCAGCUCUGUCGAGAAUGGUUUCAUUAUAACUGCGUUCUCUCUCCCAAAUUUAUUCAAACUCUGACGACUCUCGCCCUAAAAAAUAAACCAAACGAUUUUAGCAAUAUUUUUAGCAAAAGAACGCUCCACUAUAGGUCAUCGUUCCCGAGCAUACUAAUCGAAUCUCAAGUUGACGAGGACGUUAAUGAAAUAAAGGAUCCCAAUUUCGAUUCGACAAUCGGUAUCAGCAAUCAAUCGUACCCAAAUUUAGAUUCUAAGUACAUUUGUCUAGCGUGCAUAAGAUCUAGAAGACCUAAGUUAGAGACGGCGUUCUCCUUGCUCCUCUCAUUGCAGCGGCUACCGAUUAAAACCCUCGAGGGUGCGGCUCUUCAAUGCCUUACAGAACGGGCUGUCAAGUGGCAAGAGAAAGUUCAGAAGUUUCUUGCAAACGAAGAAUUAGCUUCAUUCCUUUUGACCUGCAAAGAAAAACGAACUGCUACCAAGUUAUCUUCACAUCACCCUCGUCCCGCAAAUGCUCCUAGGUCAUCAUUCAACUCUUUCUUACCUCCCAAUUCUAUAUCGCCCAAUGCCUCCAACUCUUUGCAAAUGACGACCAGGCCCCAACAAAAAUUUUCAUUUGUGCAACCUCAUCAAUCACAACUGCAAAUCAACCCUAACACCAAACCAUCUUCGUUUCGUGGCAUACCCAUCAAUCUUCAAAACUUUCGGGGUUCCAACACGGGUGGUACAGUUAUAAACAUUAACAAUAGCGCCUAUAGUGGCAAUCUUAAUAUUAACAGUAAUAGCAAUACUAGCAAAAUAUCUCAACCAAAUGCCACCACGACCGGCACCUCUGGCAUGAACAAUUCCAACGCGCCAUCUCUUGCCACUCUUAGUAUUAAAAAGUUUAGUAACCUCGUGGCUAAUAAAAUUGAGAAUUCCUUCUCAACUGUUAAUAACGUUAGCAUAGUUCCGAAUAGCCUUACAAAUACGAAUGUCAAUCAAAACCAUCAAUCAGUUUCCGAUACUUUGAAUACAGAGGCUAACUUAAAUCUUCAAACCCUCAAAUUUACCCAGACUAAAGUUGUGCCAGAAGCCCCUAAACAACCACCCGCACCCCUGGCUAAGGUUUUCUUCGGCUACAAUGGUUUAAAUAGGGAUUCCAUGACUGAGCUCGAAAAUCUUAUGAUGGAAGGAGAUUUGAUAGAAUUGACUCUUCACGAGACUCAAUAUUUGUGGGAAAUUUACAAGGAAGCCAAAUUCGGCGAGCCCAUUAACGAUAUUCUAUCCUUCUUUGAACGGAAUGAGACGAAAGGUGAAAAGGACAUCGGUGAUGUAGCUUCGGUCUAUACAUACCUGUGCAAUUCUAACUUAAGCCAUCAAAACAAACGAAAGCAAAAGCACAAUAUUAGCGCCAAAUUUAAAUCUCCCAUUCCUAGCUCUAACACCAAUAUAAAAGCUAAAGCGUUGUCCACAAAAUAUAAGAUGAUUAGAACGGAAGAAAAUUCGUCAAACUCAUCCCACGCGAAAUCGACCAGUCUUAACGAUUCCAUCAAAGAGGAAGCUUUAAAUGAUAACGAUGUUGACGACCAUAACGACGUGGCGUUCCCUAAUACACUAAUGGAAUUAGGAAUCCAACAUAAUUUAGGUGCAAGCAACGACAAAAGGGGCAAGAAAAAAAAAUUGUUAUCUAAUUCUUCUAAACGCGAAUCCUCACUCCCGCCAUUAAAUGGUCAUCAAAAGAACGAUCAGCAUUUUUCGAAACUUCAAAAGUUACAAAAGCGUAAACUCAGUAGCGCCACCAAUGGUAAAAGCAAUUUAAAAACCAAACUAGCAUCCUUAAAGAAAGGUCCUAAUUUUAAUAAUGGGAACACCGCCAAUGGUAAAAAGAUGAAAAUAAGGAUCAGGCGGAAACCUCUCAAAUUUUUGACCCAUUUAGGCAGCGAAAGAUUUAAAAAUGGCAAAACCAAACGGGGCCGGACAGAAGAUGGAGAUGAAAAUAAUAAAUGUUCCCUACCAACGUGUCUUGAACCAGUUGGAAGCGAUAUAACAUGGGUACUAUGUGAUGGGGGUUGCGACGAAUGGUUUCACAUGGUUUGUGUUGGCCUAUCACAAAAGCAAUUGAAGGAUAACGACGAUUAUUUUUGCUAUAAAUGUAAAUCUGGCACAAAUUUCGAGUUUAAUCUCGAAAAGGAAAUCUUGACAGGAAAUAAUAAUUUGAUGACCGAAAUACAGAUGAUUUAAAUAAAAAUUCGAAAAAUUACCAUUACAUUUGUUGAUACAAAAAAGAAGUUUUACAAAAUAUUUUGUAGAGGAGUAAUUUUUUUUAUACAAUAUACAUAAUAUAAUAAUAAUAAUAUUACCAAUGAAAAUAGGAAAUUUUUAUUCUUUUCGUUUAUAUUCUAAUUUACAAAUAUUAUUAUAAUAUAUUUAGAAAUGGAUGAUAAUAUAUAAUUAUAACCUAUCUUUUUU